GUCGCGCGCACCAUUCACAAUCGGACUCGGGAGACGCGCAAUGUUUCGUUCUUCCUUUUUAAGCUCUCCAUGUAAAUAUGGAGCUUAUAUUAGAAACCUUCAAGUUUUUUCAAACUUACGUGCUGUGGCAGGAGCCACCCAAAAGCCUAACCAAUCUACUGAUGGUCCUAUUGUGAAGGCAGAAUCAAUGGCAAACCAAUAUGAACAAGAUGUAACUAAUUCCAUCGCAAGGUGGGUCAAAGCCGAGGAAAUAUAUUAUGGCAAAGAACGUGAUUUCUCGAACUACCCAACUUUCAAAAUAGCUCAUUGUCAUCCCAAAGUCAGAAUGGGUGUGUUUCCUGACUCUUGGUUUCAACCAUUUUACAACAAAACCGGUGUCACUGGGCCGUAUAUGUUCAUGUUUGGUUCGUUCAUGUUUUUAAUCAACAAAGAAAUAUGGGUGUUCGAUGGUCACUUUGUGGAAUUUUUUGUGUUCUUGUCUAUGAGUGUCAUGAUUGUCAAAAGAUUUGGCGCUCGUACCAGAAAGAUCGUAGAAAAAUGGGCGAAAGAAGAUGAACACUUGAUGUAUCAUCAGCCUAUAAACGAAGUGAAAAGUUAUAUAGACAAUACAAUAAAAACUUGCGAAAUAGAAGUGGAAAGAGCGGCCGCUGUUCCUGAACAUGUACGUGCUAAGGAAGAAAACAUUGCCUUACAACUUGAAGCUACUUAUCGUGAACGCCUUCAAAGUGUAUACCGAACAGUGCAUCGCCGCUUAACAAUCCUUCCAUUUCUCUUGAACAUAUCCAGAUUGCUAACCAUGAAGUGGCGAUCAAAGUUGACGAAAAGCCAAAUUGGGCACUGUUACUGGACGUAAUUUAUCUGUUGAGACUAUUACCAGGUAGUGGGUAUUCCAAGUUUUAUAGUGGCGGUCGCGAUGAGUUUCCGCAAUCUUGCCGUAUAUAAUGGGAGACAACAGAAGCAUCAACUCCUGUUUAUCGAAAGGUUCGUCAGUAACAAAUCAUGUUUAUUAUGGUUGAACGGUAGACAUCAGUCUAGUACUUUAAUGAUAACACCUAAUUGGUCUGCUUAGUGAUUUCUCUUUUACGAGUCAUACUAUUUAUUAUCAUGGUUCUUGUUUGUCUGAAGGAAAAUUUCUAAUCGAUGUGAAAUUGAACUCAAUUGCUUAUAUUCGUGUAGUGUAUUAAAAGAAUGCAUACAAUGUAACGCUUCCUACGGAAUUUCUCCUAAUGAGUUAUUUCUGAUUAUUCUUUUAUAUAGGAAUACCACGUUGAACGUGAAAAUACGCGAAAACGUUACAUUCAACAACAUAUGGUGAACUGGGUUGUAGAUCACGUAGUCAAAGGGAUCACUCCUGCCCAAGAAAAAGACACUCUGACGCAUUGUAUCAACGAAUUAAAACGGUUGGCACAAGCUUCCAAAUUAACAACAACUGUUCAGUGAUUUACAGACGGAUAACCACUUUAGAUGGGGAAACGGUCUAUUUUAAACCAAUAUAUUAGUAUAUUCCU